AUGAAAAAGGAGUUGUAUCUUAUAAUUUCGACGCUAAUUCCAUAGGAUUCUUUAGGAAAUACUGUUAUUGGGGGUUCAACAAGUGACAAUGUAGUCUCAUAAUUAAGCGGAUAAAAGCCUUUAGUAGUAUAUGUAAAGAAAGGAGCAGAAUUUCGAUGGACAAUGAUUUUAACCAUUUUAUCAUACAUUUCAGUCUCAGCGAUUAGCUUCAAAGACGAUAGUACUAAUCCAAUAGCAUUGUCCCUUGAAACCACAACUUCCUCUACAGAUCCAUUUAAUAUUUUGCUGAUUACUUCUGCAGGAGUCAUAAGUGGAUUUUUUACUUCAACCAAUGGAAUCAAAGGUAUUAUUCCAUCCAAAGGUUUGAAAUAUGAAAAUAGUGGAAAUUUUUACCUAGCAAUGCAACAUUACGGUACAUAGUAUUUCUAUUUUUUAAAAUUCGGCUCUGCCCUUUCAAAUAAAAAUACAAUUUUCAAUUUAAAAUGGCCUCAGACUUAAACACAGGCAAAUGCUGUAGUAAAUGAUGAAUAAGCUAGUUAUUAUUUUUACGGAGGAAUAUUAAAAGAUAGUGGAGGAUCCUUUUAUACUGCUGUUGUUAAUGUUUAUUAUACUGGAGCAAUUUAAUAGAUAUUCACCAUUAGAAAUAGCGCAGCAACUUAAUAGUUUUCUAUUAAAAGUCUUGAUUAUUUGCAAGAUACCUCAGCUAGUACAAGAUGUCUUGCAGCAUGUGCAGAAGAUGGCUAAAAUGUUUUGAUUUUGAAACUUAAUGUAAAUGCUGCAAGAUCCUCAAUCUCUUUAGGCUCAUCAACAGACAUAAAUUACUACGCAUCAAGUUUGAAUAAUAAAAUUUUUUCUGGCUGGAUGGAUUUAUCCUAAGUGCUCUAUGUAGGGUCCAUUACCACAUUUACAAGUGAAGCACUCACAACAACUAGUUUUACUAAAAACAUUGGCUGGCUCAUGAAUAUUAACCCAUCAGAGAGUGAGUUUACAAUAACUAAUUCCUUAUCUUCUCCUUAAUCAAUGACAAAUGAACCUUUGAUAUAUUCAACUUUAACAAGUACCUUUGUGAAUACAACAGCGACAACUUCAUAUGCUUCUAGAACAUCAACCAGCGCUGUCACAUAUAUCGUACCUCAAAUUCUAACUACUUCAAUGAAGUCAAUAAUUACUCCAAAUAUAGGUAAUAAGAUAUAUACUAUUGGAAGCACAGCAAUGAUUAUUACGAUUCCUGCUUUUACUCUACAAUAAUCUUGUUUAGAUGUUAUAUUCAAAUAUUCUAGUAAUAUUAGCGAUGUAUCCGGUUUUGUCACAUUUGUAGCCAGUACCAGAGAGUACACUGUUUUUUCAUCUAAUUAGGAAUACAAUGGGAUAUACACAAUAAAGAUGCUAGGUAGAAUUAACAAUGAGUAAAACACUGAAGUUUCAUUUAAACUAAUUAUGAUAGGUGACUGUUCAUAUGCAUCCAUAACUUCUACUUCCUAUAAUCCAACUUUGAGCUCCUAAAUUGGAACAUACAAUUUAAGCUUUGUUGGAAUAUUAUUAUAUCCUUUAUCAGACGGUGAAAUAAAUCCAAAAAAUGAAACAAUCUAUAUCAAGUUUUAAAAUGAAUGGUGGGAAAAAUUGUUUGAUUGA